AUGUCUCUCUUCAAAGUCCUCGUUGCUGCUGCCACCAUGGCCACCGUUCUGGCUGUCCCCCACGGCGGCAAGGGAUACGGCGGCCAGGCCAACGGCAACCACAACGGCAACCACAUCCAGACCCUCGGUGAUGCUGCUGCCCAGUGUGGCAACCACCAGAAGAUCUCCUGCUGCAACAAGGGCAACAGCGCUGGUACCCUGCUGGAUGGUCUCCUGGGCGGCAACUGCAGCCCCCUCGACCUCACCGUGCUCGGCAUCGAUAUCCCCAUCAGCACUGCUUGCAGCAACCAGGUUGCCUGCUGCACUGGAGACCAGAACGGUCUCCUCAACCUGGCCUGUACCAACCUUAACCUCUAA